CUGGUAUCGUAUGCAAAUAGUGCUUGCUGACGUUUGCGAUCAUGUGCUUUGGCGGAUCUGCCCCUGUCGAGGCUUCCCUGUGCCUCCAAGCUGGGCUUUGCUACAUUUCGCUGCUGGUUACAUUGUAGCCAAGAAAGAGUUACAGAGUAGCGGCGGCUCAGCUCCUAGUAUCCCCUCAGCGCAGCGGUGGGAGCAGCAGCAGGAGGAGCAGAUGUGUGAGACUGCACUGGCCUGGGUAGUAACCCUGGUCCAGGUUGGUGUCGUUGCAGUAGAAUAGCGUCUUCUGUUGGCCUGGGAGAAAAGGACAUCCUGCAUCUCCAUUCCCCUGCCCACAAAGAGAGGCACCGACUUUCCUUUGUCACGUCCAGGACCAAUGACAGAAACCAUGUAAGGCAGCUCUGGACUGACCGCUCUCGUCUGGGUGCACAAUACCUUUUUUAAAGAUGGUGCUGCCUCACGGAUAUUGGUGAAUUCUGGGAUAUCUAGGAAAGGAGCUCACACUGACAGUCAGACAUCAUCUUCCAUUGUUGCUGUAAAAAGUUAAGGAAAGAGCCCAAAUGCUUCCCUCUUUAACGAAAGUUGAAAUGCAAUUAUGAAUCGAGUCAUCCGUUGCUGAUACCAGUGAAGUGGUCCAGUCACAGACUUGGGGAGAUGAGCUAAUUAAGACUAUGAAUAGGUUAAAUUCUCCUGUGAUGUGGGCCAACAAAUCUGCUAGCUGGAGCUGAUGGUAAUAAGUGAAAUCUUGAGUUCAGCAAACUGGAAUAGUUCUGGACGUACUUUCCCAAAGAGGCCACUGGUCUAUAGAGGUUUUAAAUACCAACUUAGCCAGCUGCCACUCCUAUUAUCAGACUGCUCAUGGCUAGUAAACGCAAGUCGACAACUCCUUGCAUGGUUCGCGCCACAGAUGUCUUGGAGCAGGAACCAGAUUUGGAGAUGGAUGGAAAUGCAGGUGAUGGGUCUCCUCACCAACUGUCGGAUGAAAGUUGGCCAGCAGAUAAUGGGAUAAAUGACCAGGAUCAUCCAGUUUUAGAGAAAACUGCCUUAGACAAUCAACAGACCAAGAAACUAGAAGGAGGCUACGAAUGUAAAUAUUGCACCUUUGAAUCACAGGACUUGAAUGAGUUUACAGAACAUGUUGAUACUAUACACCCAAAUGUUAUCCUUAAUCCAUUUUACGUCUGUGCGGUCUGUAACUUUACAACAAAAAGGUACGAUACCUUCACUGAUCAUAAUGGUAGACAUCACCAAGGUGAAAAUAACUUCAAGUUGAAGUUGAUAAAACGCAAUAAUCAGACUAUUCUUGAGCAGACUAUUGAAGAUUCCACUAACAGUGUGAAUGCAGAUAGAGAGGAAAAUCCUCCAACUGGAAUCUCAAUUAGUAAAACUCCAAUCAUGAAAACAAUCAAAAACAAAGCAGAUAGUAAAAGAAUCAAUGUGUUGUCACGAGUAAAAGAUGAAUAUGAUGCUACGCAAGCAAGCAAGACAGAAGGGAAUAGCACUGACGUUACUCACAAUACUAAUAGUGGAUUGCUAAUUCCAGAAACAGUGAUUAAGGAUGGAGUGCCUCAUGUAAUGCCAUCUAUACAACCACCACCAAACAUCAACUUAAUACCUAAAGUCAUGAUUCCCAUGCAUGGCACAAAAUAUAAUGCUGCAAUGGAUGUUAACAAAAGCCUCAUAGGUUCCUUUAAUAAAUUCCCCUACCCUACUCAGGCAGAACUAUCUUGGUUGACAGCUGUCUCAAAGCAUCCGGAAGAACAAAUUAAAAUAUGGUUCUCAACCCAGCGUCUUAAACACGGCAUCAGUUGGGCUCCCGAGGAAGUGGAAGAGGCCAGAAAAAUGAUGUUUAAUGGCACCAUUCAGACGCCAACAAUCACUGUUGUACCAGCACAGGUGCCAUCAUCCACGAAAGGCACGCACCAGCAUGUUAUCCAGACAGGAGUGCCCUGCCAGUUAGUUGGUCAGACAGGCAUCGUAUGGACACAAGUCGCAAAUGGGUCAACAGUAUCCUGUUCUCCCAUCGCAUUGGCAGUGGCAGCCAGCUCAAACCAGUCCGUGUCUCAGAAGAGGAGUUUGCCGCCCUCUCAAGUAACCGGAGACCCCAAACGUGCAAACGUAGUCCAGGUUUGUCAGCUCGCGUCACAGGGGAAUUCGGUUGUGUUUUCUCCUGGGGCUUCAGAUGUAAACACGAAUCGCAAGAAGACCAAGGAGCAAAUGGCAGAACUGAAGGCCAGCUUCGCCAUCAGCCAGUUCCCCGAUGAUGAGGAGGUUUACCGGCUCAUGCAGGUGACUAAACUCUCCAGGGCAGAGAUCAAGAAGUGGUUCAGUGAUAAUCGCUACCGGACACAAAAGGGCCACUCUAGCCAUGCUGCUACAGAAAUUGUGGUCACCAUCCCCCAGGAUCCUCCUCCUGGGAGCCACCCAAAUCGUAAAUAUGGAUGGAAUAGUUACUCUGAUUUUGCACCGCAGAAAUUCAAAGAGAAAAGUAUUGAUCAACUGAAGGUGCUUGAGGAAAGCUUUCAAUAUAGUUCCUUCCCAACGGAUGAGGAAAAAGAAAGAUUAAGGUCAGAGUCCAAACUAACCAGGAGAGAGAUUGACGCUUGGUUCUCCGAGAGGAGAAAACUGAGAGACUCGCUAGAAGGUGGGAUUCUAGAAACGAGCAAAGUACCCCUCAGCCCAGAUGUGAAACCAGAGUCUAUUAAAUCAGAAGGGCAAGAGGUAGUUGACAAUAGUCACACAAAAACCUCCCAUUUGGGUCCACAUUAUCCAGGUAAGCCCGGAACCCCUCCUCCAAACACAGGAAUACAGCAUAUUAAAACAACUAGUCCAAUUGACAAGACUCAUAAGAAAAGUCAGGAACAGCUGCACAUCCUAAAGAGUGCAUUUGUACGUACACAGUGGCCAACAGUAGAGCUAUAUGACAGUUUAGCAGUGCAGAGUGGGCUGCCAAGGAAUGACAUUGUACGUUGGUUUGGUGACAACAGAUAUGCAAUUAAAAAUGGCAACUUAAAAUGGCUUGACCAGUACCAAAGAGCAAAUACAGAAAGUCACAAUGGCCAGAGUAACCUCAAUGGCAAUGAACGAAGGGGAAAUAGCAGAGGACAUAAAGCAGCUGGUGUUUGGGGUGCAACAGGUCAUUCCACACACAGCCGGGCUGGUAAAACCAUCCUAUUACAGUAUUACUUACGACACCGACAGCUAAGGGAGGAAGACCUUGAUGAGUUGGUUUCAAAGUCCAACAUGAGCUACGAACAGGUCAGGGACUGGUUUGCAGAAAAGCAAACAGAAGAUGCCAUGGACACAUCAGAGAGCAAUAGCAGAGAUGGCCAGUUUAGUGAUGAGGAUGAGGAGUGGGGUGAGGUAGAGGACAUCAGUGAGAGGGAUGAAAAUGUUGCCUCUGAACUCACAGGCAGCUGGGCACACGCAACACAGUGUGGCUCAACGGAGUUUAAUGAACUGGAUUCUGAAAGCAUGUCUGCUGAAAAAUUCCACAAUAUAGCUAAGGAAACCAAAUGAGAACAGUACUGACAUACGUAGCAUCAUCUGUCUAAAGAAAAGUUACCAUUUCUAUUCUCUGCAACGCAAAGAAAGUACUCGAGAACUUCGGAUCUGACUCUAUAUUGUGUGAAACAGCAACAUUGAGACAGAAUGAAGAACUGACUUCCGUUGAAGCAUCUUUCAGAGAGCGAGAGAUUUGGUUAUAUCCAUAGUGCCAAAGUUUUACUACUGUAAUCAAAAGGGUCUUUGUAAAUAUUUUUUUCUGUUUUUGAACAGAUUUGUACAAUUUAGGAGUUUUAUUACAUUUAUAAUUGGUGAAAGUUAAACUUUGCAGAUCAGGGUAUGCCCUUAGAGUUCCCAACAGUUUUAGAUUAUGUAACCACUACCAGACUCUCUUCAUUUGACAUCUUUUACACUCACUACUUUUACAAAACGGAAAUCUGAACUCCUAGCCAAAGAAGGCUGCGAUGAUUAAUGAUGAAAAUCAUGUUCAAGUCCAGUCACAUCUUUAGGUCUUUGUAUAAAAUGGCAGGAAAAGAAGCACAUCAGUAGAAGCUUGAUAUUGUAAGAGGCUACAUUUGUAUUGUAAUGCCAACUGCUCUAGCCAGCCUUCGGUCAGCUAGAGGUGUGCAAUAUUGACUUAUUUAUGUCAGCAUACUAACAUAAUUGAAGUUGCAGUAACUUGUUUCCUCCUAUCUUUUCGCAAGAUUACAUAUACAAAAGAAUAAAAAAAGUGUUGUGCCUAGUUUGAAUUUUUGUAAUUAUUUUUAAAAACUUAG